AUGGGGUGUAUGGGAAAAAAGUCCCGUAAGAAUUAUCCACUUAUUCCGGACGGCGGAAAAGAGAGGAAAAGAGAUUGCGUUCAACAUGUGACGAGCGGCGACGUGAAGGAUCGUUUUUCUUUCCGAGGUGCAAAAAUUUCGCGAAUUAUAGUUGCUCGUUUUUGUGACUUUAAUCAAGACCGUGCUUCCAGGGGGAAGCAAGAAAUGGAGGUAGAACCCGCUGUAACGUGCCUGACGCAAGAGAACGCUGAAAGAGGGAGAAUGAAAUAA